AUGGCGGGAUCAGCCGGCCGCCUUAUACCGGCAUCUUCACGCACUCUUCUCCUCACCUUCGACGCGUUCGGCACCCUCUUCCACCCACGUCUCCCCGUCCCCGAACAAUAUGCCGCGACCGCGCACCAAUUCGGAUUAUCGCGCACUGCCGUCACCCCGGACAAACUUGAAACCGCCUUCCGGGAUACCUUCCGUGCACAGUCACAUCGGUAUCCAAAUUAUGGUCGCGCGGAAGCUCUCCGAGGUCAAUACGGGGGGCCGAGGCAGUGGUGGGAGGAGGUAAUCAGGGGGAGUUUCAAGCGUGUUUUGGCUGCAGAGAAUGGAGAGACGCGCCCCGGAGACCCAGAAGAACAUAUUUCUGAUCGCAUGGUGGAAGCCUUACUAGAUCGAUUUGCUGGUUCCGAGGGGUACGCGCUCUUUGACGAUGUGCUACCCUUCUUCCGCCGAAUGCGCAAACUAAAGGCUGCGCAUAAGUGGUCGUUUGAUAGGAUAAUUGUGGGCGUGAUAUCGAACUCGGAUGACCGAGUGCCCGCUGUGCUGAAGUCGCUGGGGCUGACAGUUGGUGAUAUGCGCGCCGACCAGGAUCGAUCGAGUAUGGAUCUUCCUGGGUUUGAGGGACGAAGUAUCAACAACGAUGCUGCCGAGGAACACGUUAAAGAUCAUGCAGACCGCAACUUGGACCUCGAUAUCGAUAUGGUCAUUACGAGUUAUGAGGCCGGUCAAUCGAAACCUCAUCGCUUGAUCUUCGACGUGGCGAGACGGCAGGCUCUAAAGGUUGCCCGCCCAUGGUUGACCAGCAGAACCAAAUUUAGUUCUGUGCAUGUGGGGGAUGAUUUAAAAAAGGAUGCUCAGGCUGCCAGGGAUGCAGGCUGGGAGAGCUACUUGCUUCUUCGAGAUCAUGUUAGUUACAAUAACCUUGACUCGAAGGAACUUCCAGAUCUCCUCAAGUUUGCAGAUAAAUUGGAGCUUUUUCCAUAA